GACAGAAACCGCAGUCAGCUGAUGCUCCUCCCAGCUGACUGAGGCGUUGGGCGUGCGUAGGCGUGUGGUCGAUUUUUUGACUGUUUGCGAGGAGAUCAAAUGUUAGCUUCAAUCAGUCUUCAGUCAAGGUGGUCGGUUAAUUUGGCUGCCAGACUUUUGCACCUAACUGAAAAAGUAUAUUUUGGAGCUGGGAGUAAGCUAAGUGUGAGCAACAUGAGUGCACCAGCUCAGCAGCAGACUGACAGAGGGAAGUGUGUCUUCUGCAGAAUCUGUGAUGGAGUUGAGCCAAAUAACAUCUUGCAUCAGGAUGAUGAAUUUGUGGUGUUCCCAGACAUCAGGCCAGCAGCUCCCCACCACUACCUGAUCGUCCCAAGGCACCACUACAUUGAUGUCAAGAACCUCUCGGCAGACCACAUUCCCAUGGUGGAGAAGAUGGUGUCUCUUAGCAAGGAAGUUUUGACAGCUCAGGGUGGUUGUGAAUCCACUGCCAGACUUGGAUUCCACUGGCCACCCUUCCACACGGUCAGCCAUCUCCAUCUCCAUAUCAUUGCACCAGAGGGGGAGAUGGGCUUCAUAGCACGUGGGAUGUUCAAAAAGGAUUCAUUUUGGUUUGUUAGUCCUGAGACAGCCAUUCAAAGACUCCGGCAGAAGAUGUAGCACAUAGUGCAGUACUCGACAGUGGUGACUCCCAACAUCGUGCUUGGCACAAUCUAACCCUCCCUUCAGAGUCUGUCACUGUCGUGCAAAUUUUUUCAGAAGAGGGCAGUUUGAUGAUGAUGAUAAUAACAGUUUGACAAUAAAGACGUAGAAAUGCUUAGAAAUAAAUGUUAUAUAUGUGGGACAUUGAAUAUGUGUUGAUUAAUCGGAUAUAUUUUUGUUUAAUUAUUACAGAGAAAUUAUUUUAUAUAAGAUUUUGCACAUAUCUCACAUCAGUGCCAUGACUAUGAGCAAAACAUUAUUUUUCCUGUUGCUUUGUUUCCUUUGACUUGAUGUAUUGAUUUUGAAAAUCUAGUAUUGAGAGAUAAGACUUGCUGUAAAAAUAGAGCAUUUGCCAUAUAAAUUGUGAGAUUUAUUGCUACUAGGUCUACUUCUCAGCCACAGCAUAUGAAAUGAAAUUUUUCCCCAUAAAUGUUUUAAAUUUAACCUUUGUAAUCAGUAUUUCAUGUAAAUUUUUUUUUUUUUUUUUUUUUAUUCAUUUUAGGCAGGUUCUUCUAAUGCAGCUAUUGCAAGUUUGAUAGAAAUAUGCCAUUUAAUGAUGGAAAUUAGAAUUUUUGGAAAUUAUUUUAAAAAUUUAGUCUGGUGAUUUAACGUAGAUUCAUACUAUAUGGAAAAAAGAAAUGAAACGGCUGUGAGUAUCAUGGUGCACAUUUUGAGCCAAAAAAUAUGUAGUGUAAAUGAAAAUUUAUUUUUAUAUUCUGUUUGUUUGAGGGAUAAUAAUUGCAGGGAAAAGUCGACAUACAUUUUGAUUUAAACUUUUGGUGCGGUUCUGUAACUGUUGGAAUGCUAAGAAUAAUACCUAUGCAUUUAUUAAGAUAAAUAGAUAUUAUGUAAAGUAUUAGAUGUUUUAAAAUGACAAUAAUAUGGUUUACCACCAAAGAAUCACACUGAUAAAUAAAAAUAAAAAAUAGAAAGAAAAAGUAACAAGAAUGAAGAAACAUGGUAUUAUUUGGUAUCAUUGUGACCUUUCUUACCAGAAAAAACAUUGAGAGGUCCUAAGUGCAGAGCGGAAAAUAUAGGGUGCUAUUUCAUCAUAAUGUGUUCCCAUGUAAGGCCAGUGUAUUGCCAUUAUAUAUUAUAGUUUUGUAUUAGAAUUAUGUUGCUACCUUUUAGAGUUCAGUCAGACUAAGAAGUAUAUUAAAUUAUCUAUAAGAAGAAAUGUUAUAUUCCUGUUUUGGUGAUGUAUUCUGUAUAUUAUUAUUUUGUAUUGAAGAUAUUUCUUUAAGUAAUUAUGUUGUAACUACUUUGAUCCUGUUAUGAUUCUGUUGAUCCAUGUGCCAUUAUGAACCAAAAGAUGUUACAAUAUACAAUUCUAAUUGUUUUGUAUGUUAUGUUCUUGUUAGAUAUGUUAUGUAUUGAUUGUUGCUAUUGGUUUCUUUUUUCUUCUUUUACUGGCCAUAUUUCAAACACACUAGUGUAUUUUGCAUGCACUCCACCUACCCCUCAUUUGGGUAACCUGCCCCUCAUUUGGGUAACCUGCCCCUGAGUUGGGUAACCUGCCCCUGAGUUGGGUAACCUGCCCCUGAGUUGGGUAACCUGCCCCUGAGUUGGGUAACCUGCCCCUCAGUUGGGUAACCUGCCCCUCAGUUGGGUAACCUGCCCCUCAGUUGGGUAACCUGCCCCUCAGUUGGGUAACCUGCCCCUCAGUUGGGUAACCUGCCCCUCAGUUGGGUAACCUGCCCCUCAGUUGGGUAACCUGCCAUGGUCUUCCUGCUUUUCUGCAGCCAUAGUCAGGACUGGGUGACUCUGCAGUGGGUGAAGAGGCACUUUAGGACAUGUCCACACUGCCCUUCAAAGUGAAACAUACAUUGUCCCUUCCAUUUAUACCAUACCCAUCCAUACUGAUACACACUCAUAAUCACACCUUCAUCUGUACACUAAAUACCUCCCCACUCAUUCAAAACCUCAUCCUCCCAGCAAUAUAUACCCAUACCUGUACCAAAUAACAAGUAUUACAUUAGAAUUGUGCAUAAUUGAUGUCACAGGGAGGACAAAACACAGACAAAUAAUAGAUGUUAAGGUGUAAGUUGUACAAGUGUGUAAUGUGACAGUUAGUUGUGUCUUUAGAAGUAGUAUUUUAAACUAUACAUUUAUUUCUAGUAGGUUAAAGUAGGAGUUCAGUCAGGGAACAAUUUGACUGAACUUUUUUUUCUUCUUUUGUCUUACACAUUUAUGAUGAGCAUUUUUGUUCAAACCAAAGAAUUGUUUUUCUGGCUUCUUUCCAGAUGGAACCUGAAUUCUGUGAAUAUUUUAAGAACAAUAUUUUCUUCUAUGUGUUCUGAGUUUUAAAAACUUGAUUCAUAAAUUACCUC